AUGGGUGCACAAUGGAAGCGUGAGGUUGUGCAGGAUCACAAGUUUGACUUUAUCAAUGUCGAUGACUUUGUAGAUAACUCGUGCUGGCGCCAGUUCACCUAUUUGCUUGUCUUUGCAGCCAUCAUUCGCGGCAUCCUUGUUUAUUGUUCCGAUAUCUUUACUGCCGCCAAUUUGCUUGCCAACUCAAAUGAUAAUUCGUUUGUUCCAAAGGCAGGAGUUGACUUGGAGGUCUUUGGCAGACUACCCUACGAUGUUUACAAGUAUUUGUUCACAGGAUGCAUCCUUCUCGGUUUCUUGCUCUUAGGUCUGGAGGUUCGGAGAGCCAGAGCUAUCAUUCGCUCCAGAGACAUCUCGUAUGCAUUCACGUCCCUGAUUGCAAGUCGUUAUUACACAGUCCGAUCCUAUCCACAUUUUUGCCUCUUUGCUCAGAUUAAUAACUCCAAAAAAACGGUUGAUGAAGUUGCCUUUUUUUGCUUCUUCACCUUUCGAAACUGGAAGCGAUUGAUACUGGCAGAUGCACCACGACAGGUCAUCAAUGCUACAAUUCUGUACCAAACAUUCCGUGAUCACGAACUGUCGUUCCAAAAGGGUGGCAUCUUUGAUUGGAACGCUGUAGUCGGUAGUGACGAACGUCUGAUCUUCAAAAAGCUUACUCUAGGCGCCAUGAUCUUCACUGUCUUUAUGUUUGCGAUGUCACUAUUAAUGCUCAUCAGUGCUGUCAUCUUAUAUAUCCCACUGGUCAGCCAUAUUCAGGGCAAUCUCAAGGAGUUCUGUUGCCACAAAAUUGAUAAACGAAUUGAUGAAUUGAUCCGCAAAAAAUCCAAGACAAGGGCGGCAGAAGGUGCGAAUAAGGAGACUGCACUUGUUAACAUGAAGCAACCGACUCUCCCUCAGGUGGAUCUGCCUGAGGUACCAACCGUACCUGUGAGUACACCUAGAUCAGCAUAUUCUCAGAAAGCUCCGACUCAAUACACACCACAAACACCAAAGAGUGCCUACAGCAACUAUUCAACGCCUAAACUUCCACACCAGGAAUAUGCAUAUUCACCCGCUGCAGCCUACAAUAACAAUAUCCCUCCACAACAACAACAGCAAAUCCAUCGCCAGCAACAACAGCAACAAAAGCAGCAAGGACAGCGUGGUGGUUACGACUAUCUCCAGUCUAAGCCAAUGUCAACAGGAUCUACGACACCAACGCCUAGAAGCCAAAAUAACGUACUCGACCCUUAUGCGGAGUCAGCUUUCGCAACUGACGAUAUCUACAGUCACUAUGUGGCUGAUACGGAUCAACAGCGCUUGCAACAGGGACAGGCGAAUCAAGGCUAUUCUCAGUCAAAUGUAGGUAUGGCGUCCAAUUAUUACAAAGCAAACACCCGAACCGUCCCAUACGGCAAUCAGACACCUUCAAGAGCUCGACGGUACGAUGAAUAUGGACAGCAAAGGCCUACAUCGCCCAUCCAAUCCCAGCAUGGAUCCCAACAUGGGUCCGAGCUUGAUAGUCGUCAUAGUGGCAGCCACCAUAGCAGUCAGAUGGGACAUGGCCAUGGUGCAGGUGGUGCAGGUGCCAGCAACGUAGCAGCAGUCCCGGGAUAUGGCAAUGCACGAUAUGCUCGUAAUGGUGGAUAUGGAAAUGGGAACGAAUACCAGCCAAAUCCUCGCCGGCAGGACGGAGCGCCGACAAGAGGUGCCUACCGCGGUGCGGGAGGUGGCAUUGGUUACUAA